CCGUGUGGGGCGCAUCAACACUUUCCUCAUGGUCAGCAACCCAGACGACGGCGAUGACCACAGUUACGAGGUACGCAGGAGAACUCGAAAGCGUAUGAUCGAGCACAUCAUUCUACAUUAUCAGGCUGUCUACGUUCCACCUCUGUUUGCCGAAGUCAAGGGCAGGAUCGAUGGCCAUAUUCAGCAGAAAACCGCGACGGAGCGCAAACUCCAGCAGCUGGAAAAGAAGCUGAAGGCGAUGAGCAUCAGCAAGGAGGAUUACAUGAGGGAGAACGCUAAGGAGCUGGCAGAGCUCGCGCGCAUCAAUGGGGAGCUGACUGCAAAGGUCAAGGAAGAAAUACCGUGGUGGAAAACAGCCCUGACAACAUUGGGACAAGUAGCAAGCACAGUGCGCGAUGUGAUUGUCACGCGGCGUAGGGUGGAAGGAUGCUAUCCAGGACCGCCACUAACGGUCAGGCCGCCAACAUGACGGAACAAGUGGUCCCUGCAAUUGCGCAAGCACCACACGGCAGGAGUUUGCUGCAGCUUCAUGCCAACUCUUUGUACCGUAGAUCCUUUCCUAUGUUACAGUAUGUACCUAGUGUAGUAUUCCUACCUAGUACCUGUCCUUGCUUGUUAGUUGUACUGUAAGUUGUAGACAAUGUAGUAUCCUGCAUGUACGUAAACGAAACUACAUGCAUGAUGCAUGGACAGUCUUUUUAGCACUCUGAGUCAUACGUAACAUGUACACGUCAUGUACAUUGUACAUUCGGUUGCCAGCUCUUAUCACCCACACACUAACACGUUCACAUCUACUGCACUAACUUACAUACACUGCACACUAGCUCGUACUUUGUACAUAUUUGCCUUGAGUUUCUUUGGAUAAGGCUUUUUUCAAAUUUUCAUUUUGAUUUCAUCGUCGAGUUUCAUCCCUUGUAUCUUUGGUUUUCUUCCUUCUUUCGAUGUCGUAUGUUUUGAAUAAACCCGUUUUGAGUCCAUUG